AUGGGCCAACGACAGGAACUUAAACUUGUCGCUAUCCAAAAAACCUUGGUGGCAGUUGGCACAGUUCUCACACAGUCUGUUCAACUGCUUAUGAAUGCCCGCCAAACUGGCGGCAUUCCAAACACCAUGAACCAAGUUCCCAACACCAUGAACGAAGUUCUCACACUUCAAGUGGAUGCCCUUGCUCUCCUGGGGCAUACAAAUUAUGACCUUUCACUCCGUCGUCGCGAAACGAUGAAACCCAGCUUGACUAAAGAGUAUGCUUCAUUGUGCUCUUCCCAAACAUCGGUAACCUCGAUGUUGUUUGGCGAUGAAUUACAAAGCCAACUAAAUGCAAUUCGAGCGUCGAAUCGAAUUAGCCAAACGGCCACCCAGUCCACGACUGGACAUUUUGGUAGUCACAACAAAUCGACUUUUCAACGGCAUCCAAGAAAUGAUCAUGAAAAGUCUUUUAUAUCCAAAGGCCCCAAACCGCGUUGGUCGAACAACAGAUUCCCCAGUCAUCAGAAAAAGCGGGAAGGGGGCAACAAGUUCAACAAGAAGUGA